AUGUCUUCUCCCGCUCCUUCCCGCCGCAGGGGUCGUCCGGCGAGGGACUCGGCUACCGCAUCACCGGCUCGCUCAACUCGCUCAACACGCUCGCAGCAGCAAUCUCAAACAACCAAUUCUCAAACGACGCCUCGUGCUUCGCGCCGACUACAGGGCGAGGCUGCCGUCCCUUCCUCUUCCCCCAUGUUCUACCAAUCGUCACCCGCCAGAGGAAACAGCAGCGCCGCUGAGACACCAGAUGCUAGAAUGGAAGAACCCAGUUCGCCUAUCAGGGCUUCGUCCACUAUGGACGAUGGAGAGACGACGCCCCGUGCCAAUGGAACUGCUCUUCGAGAUUCCUCACCUAUCCGAUAUGUAUCCAGUUCCAGCCCCACACGUGCUUUCGGCCGGCAGACAGGCCACUCAGAUAUUCACAGCGAUAGCAGCGGUCUAUUCGUUUCAUCACGCCAGGGCUUGGACGGCCAGCGUAUCGCUUCCCGCCGUAGCGACCUCCAUUCUGGAGGGUUCGGGUCAACACCAAGCCGCAGACGCAGAGUUUUCGUGGAUGCUAAUGGAGUUCCUGCCGCUGAUGGCGAGCUUCAAUCCGAUGCUACGUUUUCCAACAUCCACCCAGACACCUCAGAAGCAGAGGCUAUGGGAGGUAGUUCCACCCGUGUGAUUUGGGGUACCAAUAUCUCCAUUCAGGAUUCCAUGUCGGCGUUCAAGAACUUUCUGCACAAUUUCACCACCAAGUAUCGUCUAUGGGCGGACGGAGCCACGGAAGAUGAAACACGUCGAAUGGGAGAGUCGGCGGAGGAACGAGAGUAUAUCGACAUGCUGAACACCAUGCGCCAAUUGGGUGUUACCAGUCUUAAUUUGGACGCAAAGAACCUCAAGGCAUACCCGCCAACCUUGAAGCUGUGGCAUCAGCUCCAGGCCUACCCCCAGGAAAUUAUCCCUCUCAUGGAUCAAAGCGUGCGGGAUGUCAUGGUCGAGCUGGCAGCCAAAGAAAUGGAUCGCCUGCGGUCUCGACUACAACGCGGCCAGAACAACCACAGGGACUUGAGUUCAGCUCCUGUUGUUCCCAGCUCUGAUGCUAUGAGCGAGUCGGGCAGGAUGCCGCAAACUGAGAUUCCGGAUUUGGUUGCUGAGGCUGAGACAAAACCAUACAAGGUUCUGCCGUUCGGCCUCGACUCCACAAUCAACAUGAGAGACCUCGACCCGGCCGAUAUGGACAAAUUGGUGAGUAUCAAGGGAUUGGUCAUCCGAGCCACGCCCAUUAUUCCCGACAUGAAAGAGGCGUUCUUCCGCUGUCAAGUCUGUAACCACUCGGUCCAGGUCGAUAUAGACCGCGGCAAGAUAGCCGAGCCCACCAUUUGCCCCCGUCAGGCAUGCCAAGAGAGAAAUUCAAUGCAAAUUGUGCACAACCGCUGUGUCUUUGCCGACAAGCAGGUCAUCAAGCUGCAGGAAACUCCUGACAGCAUCCCUGACGGUCAGACGCCUCACUCGGUUUCUCUGUGUGUCUACGACGAGUUAGUAGAUGUUUGCAAGGCAGGUGAUCGUGUUGAGGUGACGGGAAUCUUCCGUUCCAACCCCGUGCGAGUUAACCCUCGUCAGCGGACACAGAAGACUCUAUUCAAGACAUAUAUUGAUGUUCUGCAUGUCCAGAAGAUUGAUCGGAAGAAACUUGGUGUCGAUGUUUCUACCGUCGAACAGGAACUCUCUGAGCAAGCUGCUGGAGACGCAGACCAGGUUCGCAAGAUCUCGGCGGAAGAGGAAGAAAAGAUCCUCCGGACAUCUACAAGGCCUGAUCUGUAUGAGCUUCUCGCCCGGUCUCUCGCGCCCAGUAUCUAUGAAAUGGAUGAUGUGAAGAAGGGCAUCUUGCUCCAAAUGUUUGGCGGGACCAACAAAUCAUUCCAAAAGGGUGGUAACCCUCGCUACCGUGGCGAUAUCAACGUACUCCUCUGCGGUGACCCCUCCACAUCGAAAUCCCAACUACUCCGAUAUGUGCACAAGAUUGCGCCGCGCGGUGUCUACACCAGUGGUAAAGGCUCAUCCGCCGUUGGUCUUACGGCCUAUGUCACGCGUGACCCGGAAACCCGCCAAAUGGUUCUCGAAUCCGGUGCUUUGGUCUUGUCCGACGGAGGUGUCUGCUGCAUUGACGAAUUCGACAAAAUGAACGAAUCCACGCGCUCCGUUUUGCACGAAGUCAUGGAGCAGCAGACAGUCUCUAUUGCCAAGGCGGGUAUCAUCACGACUCUGAACGCUAGAACAAGUAUUCUUGCUUCAGCCAACCCCAUUGGCAGCAGAUACAACCCGAACUUACCGGUUCCGCAAAAUAUCGACCUGCCACCAACCCUGCUGUCUCGUUUCGACCUUGUUUACCUCGUCCUUGACCGUGUGGACGAGAUGGAGGACCGUCGACUUGCAAAGCACAUUGUCAACAUGUACCUUGAAGAUAGGCCUGAGAACGCGAGCGAGCGUGAAGUCCUGCCUAUCGAAUUCUUGACAGCCUACAUUACCUAUGCCAAGACCAAGGUGCACCCCGUUCUUACGCCGGCAGCCGGCAAAGCCCUCUCCGACGCAUACGUGAAUAUGCGUAAGCUUGGAGACGAUAUCCGCUCCACCGACCGCCGAAUUACCGCUACUACCCGUCAACUAGAGUCAAUGAUUCGUCUGGCUGAAGCUCACGCUCGCAUGCGCCUAUCCGAAGAGGUGACCGCAGACGAUGUUGAAGAGGCCGUGCGCUUGAUCCGGUCUGCCAUCAAACAAGCGGCAACCGAUUCUCGAACAGGAUUGAUUGAUAUGAGUCUACUCACCGAGGGCACAAGUGCGAGCGAAAGACGAAACAAGGAGCAUUUGAAGCGCGCCAUCUUGGGCUUGAUUGAUGACUUGGCGAGCGGAGGUGCUGCUCGCUGGGCGGAAGUUUAUCGAGUCCUGAAUGACCAGUCCAGCUCCGAGGUUGAUAGUGCCCAGUUUACGGAAGCUGUUCGCGCGCUCGAGUCUGAAGGUCUUGUGAACAUCCUGGGUGAGGGUGCGCGGAGAAGCAUCCGCCGCGCAGCCGGCGCAGUUGUGUGA